CACCCACCCCCCGACAUGUUGACCAUGUUCCUUCUGAUGCUACUGUUAGUAUUUCUUCUCCCUCAUCCUCUUGCUGCUACUCUGAGUUGUCCCCAGCUAGUACACAAUGAAGUUAAUGGUAGUUAUGUCUCUCAGCUAAAGGACAGGUCCUGUUCUUCCUCAUCUACACACUGCACUGUUGUUCUUCAGUAUAACAACAUAAAAUGGACUGUCAAUCAAAUGGUCUGCUCCCCUUCUUGUGUUUCAGGAAAUACCUCAGGAGCCCUGGGAGUCCGUUACAUGAUAGGCUGCUGUAAUUCAUCAUCAUGUGUCGGUCCUUCUGAUUUCUUUGAUGAUAUUAAUGUCGAUAUUACUUGGCCUCUUUUGCAGCGAGCUCCCAUACUAACUUCAAGUACAAUAGAACCAACUGGAGUAACUGUAGCCACUGGUGCCUCCACUGAUGGAGGGAGCAGCUCAUUCCUAGCCUGUUCCACCUGCAGUCCUUCAGUUAGUAACAAGAAGUUUGACUACAAACCUUACUAUAUAUUCAGUCCAAUUAUUUUUGUGGAGAUAUUCUUAAUAUUCCUAUUCUUGAUAUUAUGGAUAAGAAAGUGCAGGAGAGUUUGUUUAAGAGUGAAGCAAGAACAAGCAAACAAGAAACAAGAUGAGUGUAUUUUUAAAUUACGAAACCGCAGGGGAACCUGUCCCUAGCAACAGGCAGCUGCAGUGAACCCCACAUCUUUAUCAUUUAAUCACUUAUAUAUAACAAGAGUGGAUAAUUAUCUUGCUUAUAAUAAUUUAUAUUAUUAUUUUUGUGUUAUUUCCAUUCAUUUAUUCCCUCCCAUUAUUCAUUUA